AUGGAUUAUAGGAAUAAAGGCUCAAUUUUUGAUGGUGUAGACAACAGAACAACAAUGAUAACACCUGAGCCUCCAACGUCUCCUGUACCUCCAGAUAAUGGCAUGUUUAUUGAUAUUCCAAGUCCAUCCGAACCAACUACAACUACAACUUUCACACCUAUUCCUGAUGAAUCUACAGAUUCGCGAGUAAUAGAUUUUAAUCAAGAUGAAUGGCGCGUAAUAGAUUCAAAAACAGGCAAACAACGUUCUCCACGACAACAUGAAUUUCUACGUCUUCUUUUAGAAAAUCCACGAUACUGUUCGUAUGCAACUUGGUUGGAUAAAAGUCAAGGUUUAUUUACAUUUUUAUUACCUGAAGAAGUAGCUGAACUAUGGAAUAAUGUUAAAAGUCGACAAACAGGUGGCAAAAUGGAUUAUUCAACAUUUUCUAGAGGUUUACGAUAUUAUUAUAAGAAAGAAGUAAUGACUCAAACACAUAAAAGAUAUACAUUUUGUUUCAAACCAGACAAUAAAUAA